AUGAGCGAAACGCUGUCGCAGAAAGUUUCGGGCUCCGCCAGCGCGCAUGACGAGUCUACGCCUUUGACUUCGAUGGCGCAAUCUGCAAUAUCUUGGCUCAUUGAUAACAGCGGAUCAACAGAAAAAGAAAACCAAAACCUGGACGACAAGGAGCAAAGGCGGACUACAGAGAGCGCGCCGCCCUCGUCUGCGACAACUCACCAGACGCGGAAGGAGGAGGGACAGGCAAAUGAGCGAGGAUCUGACGCCAAAAUGAGCAAUGACCCGGACCGGCAUCCACCAGAACAAAAUACGAGACCGGCCGCGCCGGUUGAGCGGUAUCAAGCGGAACAGCUCGCGCGAGGGAUACCCGCGGACAAAGCAGCUCUCCCGAAUGUCGGAGCGCCUCCAGGCGGGCAAUACGAUGCUGACGGCACGCUUUCCCUUUCUGCACUACCUGACGCAUCAACACCAAAAAAAGAACAAGGCGCAAGUGGAGGAACGUCCUUCACUGAGCAAGUUUUCUCGUUCACGCACCCUAGCGCUGAAAAACGAAAAGGGGAUGAAGUUGAGACCACGCGCACGCCGCAUGAUUUUUUUCUGAAUCUCCAGCAGCUAUUUCCAGACCCGUGCCUCUUUCAACUUGACACUCCCCUCGGCGCGAGUGUUGCGAUAAGCGACAUAGAGAAAUGCGAUAGAGUAGAAGUUCUCUUCGAAGCACUGAAGCGGUAUAGCGUCUACCCAGAAGUGGCGUCUCCGGCAGACGAAUUUUUCCGUUUUUAUCAACGAGCGCGCUGGGUGGACGCAUUCGAGCGGCUGGGUUUUCUAGAUACUUCUCAAUCGGUGGGGACGCCGACGUUGCCAGCGGCGAGUUUUGUAGAGUCUUCUACUACACCUGCUUCUUCCGCUACUGAAACUACGGAUGAUGGAGACUCGGAAGUCCUUCAAGGCAAUCGACUAUUUGCCAAGGAUCGCGCCUGCCGGCUCGUGCAGUUCGCGCCAGGGGGUGUCAAAAAAGAAGAUGAUAAGGAGCUCCUCCCUCUGAUACACAGAAUCGAAGACCUCCUACUCUGUGCCGAUUUUGCCGUCAAUGAAGAAUUACGCUUCAAAGAUUUUGGUAUACAUUUUUUGCCUAGUUUAGUUUUUCCCUAGUCCAGUAGAGCUAAGUGCAGUGCAUAGCAGUGGAGCAAUACGCAGCGAGAACAUCGAUGGCGGGUCGGCGUUGCUUUUGACAAAUCCGGCGGUCCGUACCAGACCGGGGGAGGCAGGACGGGAGGCGAAUAACACGCGGCACGGUGGCGGAGCGAACGCGCCUGAGCUGGGACGGACCGGGGCACGGGGGCGGCGCUACGGACGGCGAGGAACGAAGGAGCUGGACUUGGUCGCAUCUGCGCGAACCGACAUACCUCUUUUGAAAAUGGUCGCGCAGGUCCGCGCUCGGUUAUCAGAUCCCCGCGGCCUACCUAGCGCCAUGUGCGCAGACGAGUAGACUCAGGAUGACAGGCUGCAGCACCAGGCUGCAGAAAUGUUGUUCGUCGUCCGUAGCUGCACUCGUGACGCGCGGAAGGCGACAAGCCUCUCGCUGGCGCAGGGGAAAUCCGCAACACAAGCAGGGAAACACCCGCGGCAGGGAGGCGAAGGCGGGGCGGGCUGCUUGGAAGGAGCGCGCCAGGCAGAGCGCCAGGCACUACCGGGACAUGGGGGAGCGGGCUCGCGGGCCCAGUCUCGACCUAUUUCGCUCGGCGCCGGACCACGUCCAGAAGGCACUGGGCUGGGAAAGCACCCCAGUGAUGUCGUUGCGAUGCACGAAGCGGCUCAACUUUGCGACCACCCUGACAGGGAUCUCCUCGCGGGUGUCUUGCGUGGAGUCAAGACAGCCGGGAACUCCGACCGCUCCUGGGUGGGGCAAUCAGACCCAAGGAUAAGCGAGGUAGACGAUCAAGACGCGCAGGACUUUUUGGGUGCGGCCGACGUCAUCGGGCGCGGGAGCGGAGCCGACCGGGUGGGGCCCGAAGCUUCUCCGUGGUGUUCUGGGUGGCGUGAGCGAUGUGAGCUCGAAAGGGCUCCGCCGAAAGGCGGGGCGCAGGAGCUUAGUCGCGCAGCCAGGCCCGGCGCGUCCGAAGGAGGAGGCCAACAGAGGCAGGGAGAUAAGAGGCUACCGCGACAUGAACAGGGGUGGGCGUCGCGGCUGGUGGAGAGGCCGCACGGCCGCUGCGCAGCAGCUCGUCGGCGCCGUGCUGGGGUUGGGCGGCUGCGUAGCGGGGGCGCCGGCUUCUGGCAUGAUGCCAGAGCGGACCGCCCGCGACUUCGAAAAGCCCUUGCAAGCGUUCGCGGUGUUGGCGCGGUGGGGGAAUGUCAUUGAUUUUUCCGGCCCGGGCCAGAGGGACGGGCAGGCUGAGGCUGGCGAGUGAGUCGCCCGCGCUGCUUAUGGGAAACUGCCACAGCGUCCCAGGGGCCUGCCGGGUGGGCAAAUUCGUCUACCGGGCCUACGGGCAUGCAGGCGGGGCUGCCCCACUUUACAUCGGCGACGCCUUUCUGUUCUCCGUCAUCGCGGAGGCCACGCAGCUUGCCCGGGAGCUGUCUGACGCAAUUAAUAGCCGACACGCUUGGACUUCCGCUAUUCGCGAAGCCGGCGGGGACCAGUGCAGCCUGGACCGGUUCCCGAGCGGCACCGCUCGCGAUUUUGGGAGGGCGCCCGGGAUCGGGUAUGUUUGGACCAGUCGCGCGGCGGGGAAGCCGGCGCGGGUGCGCACCGUGGUGCCGCAGGGCAGGGCCCAUCUUGCGGCUGACCGGUGCCCGCAGCUGCUUGCAGAAUGCAAGGCGAAGCGAUUGAAAAUCAAAACGGUCGAGAAGGCCGCGGGGAUUGCCAACGAACUAUGUCGCGCGCAACACGACAGGCGCGGAACCGAGUUCCCUCGCGCCUUGCACCCUUGGGCCGGCGCGACGUAUUUUGAUAGUCUUGCGGGCCCGCGGGAAAUGCGGGCGGCCGUCGAGAAGACGGCCACAACUUUGCGCACCAUGGUGCGCCACGUCCAGCCGUACCGGAUUAGAUCUACCAGCGUCGGCGCGCGCUGUCUUUUUGCCGGCGCCCCCACCGGCGGCGGCGGUGUGCGGCGACACAGGCGCGAGCCUUGGGAGGUAGCGACGCGAGGGGCAUUCCUCAUUACGCAGGAUGGAUGGCGCAAGACCUUAAGCUGGACGGCACGUAGUUGCGAAAGCUGCCAAAGGUUCAAGCACCCGAAACAGCCGCCGCGAACAUUGCGCAGCGCACCCUUGGGGCAUAUGUGAAGCAGCCAAUUUGUGUUACGGGCCGCGGCAGCACAGCGGGGCUGUUCGCAUUGAUCAAAUUGACGCCCCGACAGGGGGCCACCUGCAACGCCGCCAGCGAGCCGGGCGGCACAGCGGGCCAAGCCGCGGGAGACUCGGCCGCGGUAUAGAUAUUGCAAUACGUGCACCAAUCCCGCGGGCGGUUAGUUUUUCGCGCAAGAGCCUCCUAUCUCGCGCCAUUCAGUUCUGGCACCCUACGCAGCACCACGGCCAGCACUCGGGCCCAGGGGCCCAUGAGUUUGUGAAGCAGCAGCUCGAUCCGCUGCUGCCGGAAGAAGUCGCGAUGGGCCCUACGUGCGACCGGCGCAAAUGUAGGGACCGGGUGUGCUAUUGGAAAGCGCGAGCGCCUGCAUUGGCGCAGGCACUAACUCGCGAUCUACUGGGCCGAGCACUUUGUAUCGUGAGUGCUACAGCACUGGAGGAGGAGGCUAUCGCGAACGCCGGCGCCAUAGCAGUCGCGUCGCACACGCCGGGCGCGUCACGAGGUCCAUAAGUUCACGGCCGUCACUACCUCGCCUGCCUAGGGGUGCCGCAAACGCCGCGGCGCCAUCAACGGUUUCGGCUUCAUCAUCGCCAUAGUGUGUUCCUGCUGCGCCGCAGCGCCGGCCGCUUACGGGCACGGGCCCGCGACGUCCUGGCACCAAGGCAAAGGUGACCAGCGGGACAGCUCCGGCGGAGCAGCACCAGGCUCCGAAGCCUGCCGGAGGGUCGCGGCGACGGACACUUUUCAGCAUCAGGCGCCAGGCCUUGGCAGCGCCUGCUGCUCAGCAAGAUUUGCUUUUUUCAGUUGGCGUGGGCUUGGAUCUACUGGACACUCCGCCAAUGAUGAAGGUUGUGCGUGCGAAUCGCUUGCGAGUGAAGAAAUGAAGUCCAUUGUUGUCAUGCUUUGCGCCCCUGGCGCCCAAUCUUCGCGCCCCUUGCUAGUUUGUUCGCCCGGACCCCCGCACUCGUUUUAUCAUGGUGGCAAGAACUCUCAAUCGGAACAGACACAGGCCAUUGCCGUUGCUCAAAUUCAACGCCACAGGUUUAGCCGGGGGCCAAGAGCCAAGCGUCGAAGCAGGAAUGCCGGAAACAAGGGCGUCAGAUAUGCACCGGCCACCGGGUUUCAUCUUUCUGCCCUACCCCGGCAUCGAGGACAAGUGGGCCGAUCAGCUUAAAACCAGAGAGGGCAAUGGGCGCGCCGAUAAGAGCUCAGCGAGGCCAACUGAGACGCAGCUUUUUCAACAACGCAGCAUGGCCAACCCGUUCAAGAUGAUUGAUUUUCCGAUGACGUAUGUUGAAACCAAACCCGAAGCGUCAUCGGUAUUGACGUCCAUCUGAUUUCUGUUUGAGUGCAAAAGUAAGCCAUACUAUCGGCAUUCGUUCAGAGCACUUUUAUUCGGACUAUCGUACAACCACUGUCGUAGCAUCGUACUUAAUAAAUAGCCUAUAGCGUAGCGCGCGCAUAUGAAUGCAAACACGACGAGGAACGAUACAGAAGAAAGAACGGCGAUGAUGGAUUUUUGAUUGCACGCUGUCAGGCUUGUUUGUGAACCCAAUACACGCGCAAUAAUGGAGUGCGCAACUGGUAACACCCCAUACGUUUGAGGAUCGUAACCUCGUGAAAGUUUUCAAAUUUAUUGUUCACCACGAUCACAGGAAACGCCACACGAAGGCAGAAAAUGGAAGGUGGCUGAGAAGAUUUUUGCUGCGUUUUCUGGUCGUGAAGAAGAGAACGUAGCUCAGUGGCCACAUUUGCUGGUGACGCCGGCGUUGGAUGACGGCGCUCUUCUUCAACUGCGAGAUAUAGCAGAGGAGAAGUCGCUGAAGCAGAGGAGAAGUCGACCAGGUGCAGAGGGUGAGAGCGGCAGAGGAGAAGUCGCUAGCAGCGUCGUGUGUGUCCCCGAGUUUGUCGAUUACCGCCUCCGUGCAGAUUUGCAUCCCGGCAUCGUAUCCGUGUGGGGUCCAGAGGCCAACAUAAGAAGAGUCAGGACAAAUGCGGAUUUAUUCUCGAGCGUUGCGUCGUCGGCUAGGAACAUCGCGUCUACCACCUUCGUGACGAGCUUUGCUUCUGAAGCCAUGACAUUGCUUUGGUACGGUUUGGGCGCGAGUGAAGAGCAAAAGGUGGCAGGCGAAAUGAACACUAUUAGUGCAGCGCUUUCCGAUUCUGGCCCAGGACCACCGGAUGCUCACGCCUUGAGACACAGCGCGGUUCUUCUGCUAUCGAUGACUAUGAGGACGGCGACAAAGUGCCUCGAUCGUUUUGUUGGACUUGGACAAAGUGAAGUUGAUCGCACACAACUAUCAGAACAGAUCAAGAGCAUUCUUGGCCUUAGCGGCGACGGCACUUGUUUCUCAACGCUUCCUACAGACGAAUACUCUAACUGGUCUGAGAGCAGCAGUGGUCUAAGGACUGGAUCGCCGCAGCAGCAGUCUCCAGAUGGGCCUAGCGAACGGUGGGCGCGUCAGAGUUUGUACCUGCAGAACAUGGGAAGUGUGCUGCAUCGCCUCAGCAAGUGGUGCGCUGGGCGACAAGAAGAGGAGAUGAAACAAAAAAGAAAAUAUAACAGCUGGAUGGAUGAUGUUGCGAAGAAAGCCAUUACUAGCAUGAGAGCCGCGGGGACCCCUAGAAAACCCUAGAAGUAGAAACCCUUUUAAAGGGUUUUUUUCUGGUAAAUAAGAUAUCAAAAAGCGAAGCUCUUGCCGGGCCUUGCGCCGUGGAACUAGAAGUAUAUAGCGAUCACCUAACAACAACAACAAGUGCUCACUGAGUGACGGGAUCGCUUCUUGACACGUGCGCCAGAUGAAAAGUACAAGCGUUCUUGAAGAUUCUGUUUGUAUGUGGUUUUGCG